UCAGAUCAUUCGAUGCGCUAUAAAAACCAACGUUGCAUUUAUAGUGCGCACCAAACCACGAUCUGCCUUGCAAAAAGUGUUUCACUAUGGCGAAAGUAUCUCUUUUUCUUCUGCUGGCCCUCGGGGUGAUCCUUUUGUCGGAUCCCACGGAAGCCAUCAUGGAUAAAAUAGUGGACAAGUUUACGAAUGCUUUUGCUGGGGCCGCUGAAAUGAUCGGUGGACCGGGAGCCGGAGAGAAAGUGAAACAGGUUGGCGAUCUCAUCAAGGGGGUCAUCGGUGGUGGUCGCAAGCGAGAAAAACGAGCCAUCCAUUCCAUCGUCAGUAUAACCAAAGCCAACAAAACCGACUAUCAGAAGGUUGAAAUGCACCGCAGCAUUGAUUCGGUUCAUGGAAAAGCCGGAAAACUGGAAAUGCAAAAACCUGAAUCCACCUGUUUGAUCAAGGAGAACGAGGUUUACUUCCUGGAAGAGAUGUCAAAACUGAUGACCAUUGUCCUGAAAGAGAUUUCAAACACAAUUCGGGGAAAACCGAUGAAAGUCGAGAUGAACUCCGAUGCCUACAAUCAAAACAGAAUUCACUAGAAGUAAAGUGGUAUCAAGGCUAACGAUGGUUUGGGCAAAUAAAUGACACUGUUAAGUACGAA